CCAGAGCCGGGUCAGCCCAUACAAAGCCAGGCCUCCUCUCUGGCGGAGGGCAGAGCUGCUGGGGUGCAGUGCUCAACAUGCCCGCCCGAGCACAGGCCCCUCGGUUGCUACCACUGCUGCCGCUGCCGCUGCUGCUCGCCCUGCUGCCAGCCACAGGCUCAGACCCCGUAUUGUGCUUCACCCAGUAUGAGGAAGCCACAGGCAAGUGCACGGGCCUCCUGGGGGGAGGUGUCAGUGUGAAUGAUUGCUGCCUCAACCCUGCCUACGCCUUCCAGAAGCCUGGCAGCAAGCUGUGCCAAGCAUGCAGGCCUCCACGUUGGUCGCCGUGGUCUGCGUGGGGCCCCUGCUCGGUGACCUGCACUAAGGGAUCCCAGUUACGGCACCGGCGCUGCAUAGGCUGGGAUGGGCAGUGCUCUGAGAAGGUCGAGCCUGGGACCCUCGAGUGGGAGCUGCAGGCCUGUGAGGACCACCCGUGCUGUCCUGAGAUGGGUGGCUGGUCCAACUGGGGUCCCUGGACGGCUUGCUCUGUCACCUGUUCCAAAGGGACCCGGACCCGUCAGCGAACAUGUGAUCACCCCACCCCCAAGUGUGGGGGCCACUGCCCAGGAAAGCCACAGGAGUCAGAACCCUGCGACACCCAGAAGGUCUGCCCCAUACACGGGGCCUGGGCUGCCUGGGGUCCCUGGGGCCCCUGCUCGGGUUCCUGCCACGGUGGACCCAGCAAACCUGUGGAGAUACGAAGCCGCACGUGUUCUGCACCUAAGCCGUCCAAGGAGCCUCCUGGAAAUCCCUGCCCGGGGCCAGACAGUGAACAGCACACCUGCUCCGGCCUGCCACCCUGCCCAGUGGCUGGUGGCUGGGGACCAUGGAGCCCUAUAAGCCCCUGCCCUGUGACCUGUGGCCUGGGCCAGAUCCUGGAACGACGGACAUGUGAUCACCCUAAGCCCCAGCAUGGGGGCCCCUUCUGUGCUGGUGAUGACGUCCGGACCUUAAUCUGCAACACGGCCAAGCCCUGCCCAGUGAACGGAGAGUGGGGGCCCUGGGGGCAGUGGAGCCCCUGCUCCCGUCGGAACAUAAAAACUAUCAGCUGUGAGGCGAUCCCCGGCCAGCAGACACGCUCUCGGAGCUGCAAGGGCCGCAAGUUUGACGGGCAGCGGUGCAUCGGGGAACAACAAGACAUCCGUCACUGCUAUAACAUCCAGCGCUGCCCCUGGAAAGGCUCAUGGUCGGAGUGGAGUAGCUGGGGGCUGUGCAUGCCCCCGUGUAAACCCAACCCUGUACAAACCCGCCAGCGCCUCUGCACGGCCCCGCUCCCCAAGUUCCCGCCCACCAUUACCGUGGUCGAAGGUCAGGGUGAGAAGAACGUGACCUUCUGGGGGAAGCCAUCAACACUGUGCGAGAUGCUGCAGGGGCAGAAGGCGGUGGUGGAGGAGAAACGGCCCUGUCUACACGUGCCUGAAUGCAUAGACCCUGAGGAUGAGAAGCUCUAACACCUCUCUCUCCCACUCUGACCCCCGGACCUCCCAAACUUCAAUAAACGGAUCUCUUCCCCAGGAGGGGGGCAAUACCAUCUUCUAAGCCAAAGGGCACAGCACGGGCAGAGUAGCAGCGGCUUGUUGUGGAAAACAGUAUUUUCCGCUCUAGCCAUAGUUUGGCAGGAGCGAAGGUGAGUAUCGGUCCCUUCGUGGCUGUCUGGAUCCCAGCGUCUGCGCAACCCCCCCCCCCCCUCCCGCCUUCUGCAGCGCCCUUGGCCAGUACAGCACGUUCCUCUGCAGAGCUCCGCGUUACGGGUUUCCUGGUUGGCUACUCGCCCUGGCAGGCACUUUCUGAUUGGCCGACGUGCCCAGGUUUCCACCCGCCAGAGCCUCUCGGCUGGCGGUUCCGCGUUAAUUCGGCAUUGAACCGCGGCAAAGGCGGCAGAGGCAUGCCUGUGGUUGGCACCCCGCCGCUCGAACACCUGCACCCACCCACUCCCAACAGCCCUGCUCCAAUGCCACAAUUAGCAGAGACGAAAUAGCUCCGCGAGACCGCAAGUGGGGGGAUGGCCGGGGGUGGACCGAGGAAGUGCCUGUGAGGUGCUCUGAGCUGGGGCAGGAACAAACAGAAGCUAGAGUCAGCAUCUGCCAGAAGGAGCCCCCGGGACAAACCCAGACACAGAUUCCUUUGGUAUUUGUACAUUCAUUCAACACUUGAUAGCGUCUACUGUAUACUAGAACUAAGUCUGGGCAUCUGGGGUGGAGGAGGGCUGGUAGAAGGAGAGGACAUCUGAGCGAGGGAACAAAGUCAGAAUAUGUGAUCCUUUCGUUUGAACAUUUAUUCAACACUUAUCAACGCCUACUGUAUACUAACAAUAGCGCUGGACAUCAUGGAGAAUAGAGAAGAGGAGUCAGAACGGCACGUGUCUCCACAAUGAAGGGAACAAACCCAGACACUAAUACUGUUAGCAUUUGCUCAUUCGAUUUUGCACCAAUUCGCAUUUACUGAAUUCUGAGCCCCUUGUGAUGAGACAAAUCCUAAGAAUCAUCAUAACUGUGGAAUUAGCUAAUACCUAGUGUGCCUGGUUAGUGUUUUAAGACUGCAUAGCAUCAUGAAUUCAUUUAAUCCACAACAAACCUAAGAGGGUCGAUAUUAUCAUCAUUCCCAUUUACAAAGGAGUAAACUGAAGCACAGAAAGAGAGUAGGCUGAACAUUUGAAGCCCCAUGUGUGCUGUGAGUGGAGGGACCCCUCUGUGAAAGGGUUCAGAUGAAAGAUUCAUGACACCUGGAGUCUGUCAGAGUGCUACU